GAAACCCUAAUGCGAUUGAUGUCUCAUAUAAAACCCAAGCAGACUUGCCCGCUUCAGUCCUCCGCUUAGGGUUUUACAGAGAUAGCAAAAGCGCCAAGAGCCUCCUCCAACCCCUAGCAAAAUCCAAUCGCACCGUUCCGCAACCAUGUCGAAGCAUAAGAAGACUAGGGAGCCAAAGGAAGAGAAUGUUACUCUUGGUCCUGCUGUUAGAGAUGGAGAACAUGUUUUUGGUGUUGCCCACAUUUUCGCCUCAUUUAAUGACACAUUCAUUCAUGUGACUGAUCUCUCUGGAAGGGAAACUUUGGUCCGUAUCACUGGUGGUAUGAAGGUGAAAGCCGACAGGGAUGAGUCUUCCCCAUAUGCAGCUAUGCUUGCAGCACAGGAUGUUUCUACAAGAUGCAAGGAAUUGGGUAUUACUGCUCUUCAUAUUAAGCUGCGGGCAACUGGUGGCAACAAAACUAAGACACCUGGCCCUGGUGCCCAGUCUGCACUCCGUGCUCUUGCUCGUUCUGGAAUGAGAAUUGGUCGUAUAGAGGAUGUGACUCCAAUUCCUACCGAUAGCACCCGUAGAAAGGGUGGCAGAAGAGGAAGGAGGCUCUGAGCUUGCAGUUGUCUGGGCACAACUGUUUUGAGUCACGCAGUUGGAUUAUGAGACAUUUAACUAGCCUCUGCAACUUUCUUGCUUUUGAACUAAUAUGUAGCUUCCGACUAUGUUUGGCAAAAGAUCUAUAUUCAGUUUCUUCAUGAAGAGAUGUGGGACUCCCAUCGAAGUUUUGCUUUGUUAUUGAUAUUAAGUUAAUGUGGUUCUGGGUUUUGCACCUAA